AUUCCUCCUCCACCAAUCCUCUUCCCUCCCCCUCACAACUUCAGAAUGGCAUCCAUAGCGGAGGGCCUAUUCAAGUCUCUCCCCAAGCCGAAAUACACCGGCGAGGAGGAAGAGCUACCGCAACAUGCACAGCCCCGAGGUCCGCGGGUCGUAGGCCCGGGACAACUCGACGAAACACAGAUUGUUCUCCGGAGAACCGGCCCCCCUCCCUACCAGAACCGAGCCGGAUGGCGGCCCCGCGCCCCCGAAGACUUUGGCGACGGCGGCGCGUUCCCCGAGAUCCUAGUCGCGCAGUACCCCCUCGACAUGGGCCGGAAGGGCACGUCCUCGACAUCGAACGCGCUCGCCGUGCAAGUCGACGCUGAAGGAAAAGUCAAAUACGAUGCUAUCGCGCGCCGCGGACACAGCGACAACCGGAUCGUGCAUGCCUCGUUUAAGGAUCUGAUUCCGCUGCGCCAGCGCGUCGACAUGGGCGAGGUUUCGUUGGAUCGGCCGUCGGAGGAAGAAGUCCAGGCGCAGAUGGAGAAGACCAAGAACGCGCUCGCCAGUCUAGUGGAGGGUGCGGCGGCGGCGCAGAAGCCGAAGAACGUGAAGGGUGGACGUAGGGCGGAGCCUACAUUUGUGAGGUAUACGCCGGCUAAUCAGAUGGGUGAUACUUCGAAGAAGAAUGAUCGUAUUAUGAAGAUCGUCGAGAGACAGCAGGAUCCCAUGGAGCCGCCGAAGUUCAAGCAUAAGAAGAUCCCUCGUGGUCCGCCGUCGCCACCUCCGCCGGUUAUGCAUUCGCCGCCGAGGAAGCUCACGGCUGAGGAUCAGGAAGCGUGGAGGAUCCCGCCGCCGGUGUCGAAUUGGAAGAACCCUAAGGGUUACACGGUUCCGUUGGAUAAGCGGUUGGCGGCUGAUGGACGUGGACUGCAGGAUGUGUCGAUCAAUGAUAAGUUCGCGCAGUUUGCGGAGGCGCUGUUUACGGCGGAUCGUCAUGCCAGAGAGGAGGUUAGGCUGCGUGCUCAGAUGCAGCAGAAGCUGGCGGAGAAGGAGAAGGCCCAGAAGGAGGAGCAUCUGCGUGCGUUGGCGCAGAAGGCCCGCGAGGAGCGUGCAGCUGCUAGUAGCAGUCGACGCGAUUCUCGUGCUGGAUCUCGUUCGCCUUCGCGCAGUGUCAGCCGCAGCCCGUCGCCGUACUCGGCUAGUGAGGAUGAGGAUGCUGCUCGGGAUCGCGAGCGCAUGCGUCGUGAGCGUCGUCAGGAGGCGGAGAGACAGCUCCGUCAGUCGCGGAUGGGUACGGAGAGACGUAUCCAGAUGAUGGCACGCGAGCAGAACCGGGAUAUUUCCGAGAAGGUGGCGCUGGGAUUGGCUAAGCCGACGCAGGCAUCCGAGUCGAUGUAUGACUCGCGUCUGUUCAAUCAGACCAGCGGCAUGGACUCGGGCUUCAACGAGGAUAACCCGUACGACAAGCCGCUGUUUGCCGCGCAGGACGCCAUUAACAGCAUCUACCGUCCACGGGCGCAGGCUGAUGACGAUGACGGCGAAGGCGCCGAGGGCGAGAUGAGCAAGAUCCAGAAGCAGAAUCGGUUCGAGGUGCUCGGUAGAGCGAAGGAAGGGUUCCGCGGUGCUGACAUAGCUGAGGCUCGUGACGGCCCCGUGCAAUUCGAAAAAGAUACCACCGACCCCUUCGGCAUCGACAGCAUGAUCGCCGACGUCACUAGCUCCGGUGCAGGCCAAAAGCGCUACGGUAUUCAGGAAGUCGACCGUUCGGAACGGGGCUCCAAACGGGCGCGUGUCGAUGAUGAUUAAUUGUGUUGUUUGUGAAUAUACCUUUAUUAUUUUUACACUUUAACAUACGGCGGGGUUAGAUAUUUACUACCUACUACGUACGCUGUGUCAACUGUACUCAAUUCUUUGCUUAGGGGGUUUACUAUGUGCAUUGCUGCGGGCGUUGUGUGUUCACCGGUUUAUACUCUUUUCUUUCGUUUUUAGUGUUGCAGAAGAGAAAAUGCAAAAAGUGGUGAUUU